AGAAUACCUUAGAAAGCAGCUUAGUUAUACAAUCUCAGGGAAAUAAUUGGGUGUGAGCAAGGUUAUCGGUUCAACUAUAAAAUCAAUUGCAAUUCUCUUAUUGUUAUCACUUGUUCCAUUGAGGUAAAACGUGAUUGUUAAAAUGAACAGCCUGGGAGCCAUUACUUUCUUUGCUAUCGUAGCUGCAGCCUCUGCCAGCCUCCACGGUAUCCAUGGAGGAGCAGUGAUUGCUGGACCCUCUGGUGCCAUCACCGCCAACGGUUUGGGACACGCCGCUGUUGUCGGACCAACCGGCGCCAACCUAGGACUAGGCCAUGCUGGUAUUGGACUCCUUGGAGCCCCAGGUCUCCUAGCUGCCCGCGGACUCGGUCUUGGAGCCAUCGGUCCACUUGGACUCGCUGCCCAUCUUGACGUUGGUCAUGGGGGCCUCAUUGGAUCAGGCAUUGAGGGACAAUGGGUCCCAGACAUCAAUGAACACCUGUACGAUGACGGUUCCUACAAACCUCACGUAUACGGUCACUAGAUAUUGUGGAACGUUAGUUCCGCAGAAGGUGUUCACAUGAUGCUCAACUCUUUUCGCUCAGGUCUUCUCGUUAUGUACAUAUGGAAAAUUUCAUCGUAGUCACACUGGUUCGCAUUUUCAUUUGACUUAUAUCCCAUGAAAAAUGUAUUUAUUAGUCAUUGAUAUGGAUGUUCAUUACAAAGUUUUACCUUGGAA